GCCUCAGAGGAUGUUAAUAUAUCACCAGUCAGUCGAUGGCCUGACCUUUGACUCCCUGAAGUUUUGACCAUGAGCUGCUGCAGGGUCAGAGUGGAGACAAACUCCCAGCAGCAGACUCGAGUCCCCUGGCUGUGAGCCUCCAAACAGAGCCGGUCAUGAUGCAGACGGAGCAGACAGCUGGGAGCUGUCCUGCCCCAGGCCAAGCUGCUGUCAGGACCUGGGUCCCCUCCAGCACACGAGGACCACCAAGUGAUGCCGUCUCCCGCUUCCAUGGAGAGGGGGUGCGUUACAAAGCCAAACUCAUCGGCGUUGACCCCGUACCAGACGCUCAGGGAGAGAAGAUGUGCUGGGACUCGAUGAUGAAACUGAAGGGCUUCGAGGCAGCAGGAAGAAAACAGGGGAAACACAAGCAGAGGGUUUGGUUGAAAGUUUCCUUGAGCGGGUUGAAGAUCGUGGAUGAAAGGACCGGGGCGGUUAUUCAUGACCAUGACAGGACCAGGAUCAGCUCUUUGACCAAAGAUGAAUCUGACCCCAGAGCUCUGGCCUACGUCUACCAACACCAAGACACCUUCAGCCUCUUCUACAUCAAGACGGCCAACCCGGCAGAUCCGGUCCUGACUGACAUCAGGGAGGUUUGUCAGGGUGUGAUCCAAGAGACCCCACAGGAACCUUCAGAGCCGCCAACACAAACCAACACUUUGCUGAUUCUAAACGACAGCUCAGCUGCACCUGCUCAGAUGCCAGCUACAGAGGAUAUGUUCAGUCCACAGCAGGAGUCUUCAGCAGCUCAAUCCAACGAGGCGUCUUCCAGUAACGAGCUGAUGGCGGUAUUUUCCAUCCCAAUGCAGGAUCCUCUGGUUCCACCUGAAACCUCUUGUGUCAUUGAGCCAGAGUCUCCAAAGCCCGUCCUCUCCACCUCUCAGAUCCUCUCCAUGUUCCCCACGCAGCCACCAGGGGGCUCUCCAUACGCCUCUCCCCCAUACUCUCCCAGCACCAUGCCCUGGGGCCAGCAGGGGCCCAUGGGGAACCAGUGGGCCGGACCAGCCAUGGCACCCUGGCCCUCAAUGCCCGGCAAUAUGGCAGCAGCAUGGGGACCUGGAGCACCCCCUGCUGGUGGUCAGAUCCCGGUUCAGGGCUUCCAGCCCGGAGCCAUGGGAGGAGGGAACAUACCGGUUUCUCCCACUGCUGUGAACGGGCACCCUGCUGUCUUUAACCCCAUGUUUAGUCCUCCUGGAGCAACAGAACCACCACAGGCUCUGUCUCCACCCUUAGACCACAACUUCCUCCUGGGAUGAGGUGGUUCAGACGGUAACGCUUCACCUCUGGAUCAUAGUCAUAUCAUGUGUUCUGGAUCAUAGUCAUAUCAUGUGUUCUGGAUCAUAGUCAUAUCAUGUGUUCAUGUGUUCUGGAUCAUAGUCAUAUCAUGUGUUUUGAUUUGAUUGAAGAAUUUGAGUCCAGUUGAUGGAUGAGUCUAAAGAGGAUUUAGCUGCUAUUCUGUAGUUUCUCACUUUUAUGUUUCUACUUUUUUCCAGUUCAACACUGAUCCAACAGUAUCAAACUUAAGACAGCUAAACUGAUGCUAAGCUAACAACAUUAAAGCUAGUGUUAUAUGUGUAACUACAACCAACCAAAUCAAAAGAAACAGUAAACAGCUGCUCAUUGGGAACUAAA